AUGGAUCCAAUUUUAUCUUGGCGCGCAAUAGAGCAAAUUACGGAACAGGGGUUGAAAAUCGAGAAACCCAAUCUUCAAUUUUUGGGUUUUAAAAAAGUGAUGUGUGCAGACAAAGAACGCUACAGAGUGUUUCUUAACGAUGGUAUUACUAGUAAUUCAUUUGCGAUGCUUGCUCCAGAGCUCAAUCACUUGAUUACAAAUAAUAUACUGACGAUGUAUUCGAUUGUUCAAAUUACCCGUUAUGGAUUAUCGGAAGCCAAAAAAGGGGAUGAAAUAAUAAAUGUUAUGGUGAUUUUGGACUUGAAAAUUCAAAGACCUGGCCGAGAAGUUCCUGGGGAAAUUAAUUUUGCAUCUGAAUAG